AUGGGGUUUCUCGGCAUCCUCGAGGAUAAACACCUCGCUCACGUGCCAGCCACCGUCAUACUGAACGAGCAGAGUGCUCAAUCCGAGGGCGGCACCGCCGGACUAAAGCAUGGCAAAGGGAAAGAGUCUCACAUCGUCCUCGUCCCUCAACCCACGGCUGAUCCCAACGACCCUCUCAACUGGUCCCAGCCCAAAAAGCUGGUUCUCAUCUCCGUCAUCAGCUUCGGCGGUAUUAUAAUGGCCAGCGUAUACAGCGGUCUGCUCAACCCGGGUCUCGGCGUCAUUGCGGUUGACCUUGACAGGUCCAUCAACGACAUUGCGGUACUGUCGAGCUACCAGCUUCUCACUGCCGGGGCGGCCGCAUUUAUCGUUGCGGCGUGCUCCAGGAAGUGGGGGAAAAGGCCAGUCUUUUUCUUUUCUUCCCUGCUGGGGACAGUUGGCUCUAUUAUCGGGUCGUGCGUUUCCACAUACGAUGGAAUCCUCGCCGCGCGAAUCGUCCAGGGUAUUGCUACGGCCGCCUACGAAAGUAUUCUCGUCUCGGCCAUUGGCGACAUCUACUUUGUUCACCAACGUGGUCUCUACAUGUCUGUGGUUCAGUUUAUUCUGGCCGGCGUGUCCAAUGUCGCUGCGGUCGUCUGUGGACCUAUCACCGACAACCUCGGAUGGCGAUAUCUGUUUCAUCUAUGUGUUCUCUUUUCCGGCCUCCAAACACUUCUCGUCUUCUUCUUCGUGCCUGAGACCAACUACAUCAGAGAAGCACGUUAUAACACAGAUGAGGUCGCGGACGACAACCUCGAGGAGCUAGCUCAGGCGGAGAAGCAGGCCAGCGGGAGCCGUCAUCUCGAGUUCUCUGACAAGGCGGAAGCUUCCGACGCGCCCUCGCCGCAUCCUGUCAUUCCAGCUAAGAAGACCUACCUGCAAGAGCUAGCUCUGUUCUCCGGAACCUACUGCGACGAAAACUUCCUCCAGUUGUUGAUCGCGCCGCUCGCCGUGUGCACCAACCUAGCUGUUCUCUGGUCAGUCGUCGUGUCAGGUGGAAUGACGGCCUUCUAUGUCAGUCAAGCCAUGAGCAUCGCUCAAAUCUUCAUGGCCCCGCCUUACCUGCUAUCCGCGGCUGGUAUAGGCUACCUUUCCUUAGGCCCCUUCAUCGGCGCCAUGAUUGGGUCUAUUUUCAUGAGCAUAGUAACCGAUCCCAUUAUCAAAUGGUGUGCAGUGAAAAACAAGGGAAUCUACGAGCCCGAGUACCGCCUGCUGCCGGUGGCGGGAGGUCUGCUUGUCGGUGUCGGCCUCAUGAGCUUCGGGGCACUGGCACAAGACGGCAAGACCUACUACGCGACGGCAACUAUGCACGGCGUCACGCUCGCCGGCGUUGUCAUCGUGGCUAUUGCCGUUGGUGGCUAUGCCCUAGACGCCUACCGUGAAAUGAGCGACGACGUGUUUGUGUCCAUGAUUAUCUUUAAGAAUUUUCUCUUCUACGGUUUCAGUUGGUUCGUCAAUACCUGGGUCGGCAGUUCGGGCCCGGCUCAUGUCUUUUACGUCUUCGGUAGUCUCGCCUUCGCCAUGACCGUCACCGCACCGCUGGUGUUUUUCUUCGGCAAGCGAUACCGCAGCUACUGGUCUCGAAACAAUUUGUUGAUUAAGUUGCACAUCAAGGCCCAUUCUCAAUGA